AUGUCUUCACCAAACCAACAUUUCAAUGAUGCCAAUGGUUACGAGAUCCCUUUGUCUCAUAAUAAUGAUUACUCUAAUUGGAGUGAAGAUUUGGUGACCUCAGAAAUAAUUCCUCCUUCCUCUUCUGCAAUUUCGUCUCCCAUCAUAACAAAUAAUGACGAUUUUGCUCCUUUAACUUCAAAAAUUAAAUUACUUUCUUCAACUUCCACCACUUUAAAACCAAUUCAACUGACAUUUACUAAAAACAUUAUUCCAAAUUCAAAAAUCACAUCAAACUGUUCGAGUAAUUUAACUUCCAUUAGUCAAUUUUCAUUUUCAUCAUCAUCAGUAGUUGAAGAAACUAAAAAGAAAACUACUGGUGGUCAAAAGAGAAAGGUUGAAGCACAAAUAUCAAGAGAUAAAAAAAGAAAACAAAUGACUGAUUUAGAGGCACAGAACAUGGUUCUUAAAGAAGAAAAUAUACAUUUAUCAAAAAGAUUAAAGACUCUAGAAGAAGAAAAAUCAGUUUUAUUAGCUAAAUUAGAUACAAUUUUAGAGCAAUUUGCAAAAAUUCGAUCGCAACUUUCUGUUUCCAAGAUGAAUAAAGUCUUAGUUGAUGAUGUUCACGGAUCAGCAAAGUCCCUGCAGAGGCACGUCAAGUUCAGGAACCUUUACAGGUUCAUCAUUGCAAAUCCAUUUGUCAUACAACCACCAGCAACAUCAACAGAACAAUCAGAUCCUAUCAUUUCAACAAAUACUGAAACAAGUCUUGUUGACCUUUUUGAUAGCUUUUUGGACUAUGAUUGGGGGUCAGGUGAAAAUUCUUCAUCAGUUCAUCAAUAA